GUUCGAGUCAGCGCUCCUACAUGCGUCCAUGUUCAGGCCCCAUACACAUACACAGCAGCAGCAACAGUAGCAAUAGUGCCAAAAAUAGUACCAGCAAUAGUACCAGCAAUAGUAGUGGUAGUAGCAGUAGCAGUAGCAGUAGCGACAGCAGCAGUAGCGAUAACAGCAGCAGCGGCAAAAGAUGACAGACAGACUGGCGCUUUACCUUAGGAGAUGAACCCUACGUCUGAUACAGCAAUAGGAAGCAAUCCAGAUCGGCAUCGGGUAUAAAAAGACACCUGCCUCCCUACCCUCUUUGUUUUAUCUCUUUUCUCUCUCCUUCAUCUCCUAUCUAAUUUCAACUUCAGACUUCGACCAGCGACGACUUCGACUUCGAUCCUCCACUACCAUCGUCAAUUGAUCUCCUCCAGGAAACACCAGCAAGCAGCUAUAGCAAGUAUGACCCAGCAGCAGCAGCACCAAGCACGACUCGCCUUCAUCGGAGGGGGCAACAUGGCCGAGGCCAUCCUCGGCGGCCUCCUCGCCUGCGGAUAUCCCCUCUCCCAGUGCGUCGUUUCAGAACCCAUCCAAGCCCGCUGCGAGUUCCUCCAAUCCAAAUACCCCGGUCUCCAGACCCUCUCCGGCCCACGCUCUAACCAGCUCGCCAUCAGCGGCUCCAGUGCCUCGACCUCAACCUCGGAUCUCAUCCAGGACGGUUCCAUCCAGGUCAACCCCACGGCAGCCUCGACCGACUUUGCCCCUGCCGAGGUCGUCAUCCUCGCUGUCAAACCCCAGGUCCUGCGAUCUGUCGUCGUCGAUCUCGCCCCUCUCCUCCGUGCCAGUCAGCCCCUGGUCAUCUCUAUUGCAGCAGGUAUCGAAACCAGUGCGAUCACACGCUUCAUGGCCGAGGAUCUCCUCUCUUCGGACGACGCCCAGACCACGACCGCAACAACCGCCACCAAAAAACUGCCCCCCGUCAUUAGAGUCAUGCCUAAUACCCCCGCGCUCGUCCUCGAAGGCGCCGCAGGAUUGUACGCGACUGCCGAUGCGACUGAAGAACAUCGUCGUGUGGCCGAAUCGCUCAUGGCCGCCGUAUCAAAGCAGGUUUGCUGGGUCGACUCUGAGUCCUUGAUCGACACCGUCACAGGAAUCUCAGGAUCGGGACCUGCGUAUUUCUUCCUGAUGAUGGAGGCCAUGGAGGACGCCGGUGUGGCCCUGGGAAUGGAUCGCGAGACCGCCAAGGCAUUGACCAUCCAGACCUGUCUCGGGGCAGCCAAGAUGGCCCAGUUGAGCGAGGACGAUCUCAAGACCUUGCGGGUCAAGGUCACAUCGCCCCAGGGAACCACGGAUGCGGCGAUCAAGGCCUUUGAGGCGGGUGGAUUCCGUGAGCUGAUCCAAAAGGGCGUCACUGCCGCAGAUGCCAGGAGCCGCACUCUUGCCAAGGAGCUGGGAGGCGCCAAGUUGUAACAUAGUACCCUUUCAAUUACUCUACUCCCUUUACGAAUAGAUCUUUCUCUCCUUCAAAAUCCACACUUGCAACGUGGAUAGAUUCUCUCUUGCAUUAUGUUCUGUAAAAUAAAUUCUCCG